AUGACUACCGGAGCUCCCCCAGACUACUAUGCCAUCCUUGAGGUCUCUGAGACGGCCACCACUCAGCAGAUCCGCGAUGCCUACAAGCGCGCCGCCUUGAAGACGCACCCGGACCGCGUCGCCAGCACCUCCCCAGACCGAGCCGAACGAACCCGCAAGUUCCAGCUCGUCAACGAUGCCUACUACGCCCUCUCCGAUAAUACCCGCCGCCGCGAGUACGACGCUCAGCGCAAGCUCUUCAACACGAGCACCCCGGCCGACCCCUUCGAGGAGGACAUCCCCGAGGGCGAGGAGGGAGCGGCGCCCCAGAACGCAUACUCGUGGGCGUGGAACUUCUUCACCAACCAGGCCGGCGGGGCCAACGCGCAGGAUCGCGAGCAGACGGAGGAUGCCCAGUUCAGCGACGUGUUUGAGGAGAUGAUGCGGGAGGAGGGCAUGGCCGAGGGAGGGGACAACCACCCCACGGGCAAGUUCUGGGGCAUGCUGGGCGGCGUGAGCGGCGGCGCCCUGGGCUUCAUCGUUGCCAAUGUACCGGGAAUGGUCGCUGGCGCCGUGGCGGGAAACAGGCUAGGGGCCAUUCGAGAUGCCAGGGGCAAGAGCGUAUAUGCCGUGUUCCAGGAACUUCCUCAGGAUGACAGGGCCAAGCUGUUGAGCCAGUUGGCCAUAAGGGUGUUCAGCCAUGCUGUUGGUAUUUGA